AUCUGAGCUCCAGACGUAAAGGUGUAGGGAGUGGAGGAGGGGGGCUGUGAUGCACUUCAUGGCUCGGGGAGGGCUUACCAGCAGGACUUUAAAAGGUGCACCGGAGUCCUUGCCAAGAUUUGUUGGAACCAACCAUCAGCCUGGCCGCAGUCCCCUGAACACCAAACAAGCAACAUGGGGAAGAAGGAGAACUACGACAUGUACUCAGUGGAGAUGGGGAGAGAAGAUCACGGGGAAAUGGAUGUCAAAAUUAAGAAGAAAGAUAAAGGCGCUAAGAAGAAAGAAAAGCUGGAGGGCUUGAAGAAAGAGAUGGACAUUAAUGACCACGAGAUCACUAUAGAGGAGCUGGAACUGAAGUAUCAGACCAAUGUCACCAAAGGCCUGAAGAGCAGUUAUGCUGGGGAGGUGCUGCUGAGGGAUGGUCCCAAUGAGCUAAGACCACCCAAAGGGACCCCAGAGUAUGUUAAGUUUGCCCGGCAGCUGGCGGGGGGGCUGCAGUGCCUGAUGUGGGUGGCAGCUUGCAUCUGCCUUAUUGCUUUUGGAAUUGAGUUUUCCCAGGGCAGCCUGACCAGUGCGGACAAUCUGUACUUGGCCGUCGCCCUCAUAGCUGUCGUGGUUGUGACUGGCUGCUUCGGUUAUUACCAGGAAUUUAAGAGCACCAACAUCAUUGCUAGCUUCAAGAAUCUUGUGCCGCAGCAAGCCACGGUAUUGCGAGACGGAGAAAAGUUUCAGAUCAACGCCAACCAGCUGGUGGUGGGCGAUCUUGUGGAGAUAAAGGGAGGAGAUCGUGUGCCCGCUGAUAUCAGAAUUAUCACAGCGCAAGGGUGUAAGGUGGACAAUUCAUCUCUAACAGGUGAAUCCGAACCACAGUCUCGUACCCCAGAAUAUACUCACGAAAGCCCACUGGAGACAAGGAACAUCGCCUUCUUCUCUACCAUGUGCCUGGAGGGCACCGCCACGGGAAUAGUUAUUAACACAGGUGACCGUACCAUCAUUGGUUGCAUUGCCAGCUUGGCUUCAGGUGUGGGGAAUGAGAAGACUCCCAUAGCCAUUGAGAUUGAACACUUUGUCGACAUCAUCGCCGGGCUGGCCAUCUUCUUCGGAGGAACCUUCUUUGUGGUUGCUAUGGUCAUCGGAUAUCCCUUCCUUAGGGCCAUGGUCUUCUUCAUGGCUAUCGUGGUAGCAUACGUCCCAGAAGGUCUCCUGGCCACUGUCACGGUGUGUCUGUCUCUCACAGCAAAACGUCUCGCCAGAAAAAAUUGUGUGGUGAAGAACCUCGAGGCUGUGGAAACCCUGGGCUCUACAUCUGUGAUCUGCUCAGAUAAGACGGGAACGUUGACCCAAAACCGGAUGACCGUGUCUCACUUGUGGUUCGACAACCAGAUCCACUCAGCUGAUACCACUGAAGAUCAGUCAGGCCAAAGCUUUGACCAGACUUCAGACACCUGGAGAGCUCUUAGUAGGGUGGUCAGUCUCUGCAACAGAGCCUCCUUCAAGGGCGGACAGGAUGGGGUACCAAUACCCAAGCGUAUUGUGAUUGGAGAUGCCUCAGAGACGGCGCUACUCAAGUUCUCAGAGCUAACAGUCGGCAACGUCAUAGAGUACAGAGAGCGAUUCAAGAAAGUGUCAGAGGUCCCAUUCAACUCAACCAACAAGUUCCAGCUAUCCAUCCACGAGCUGCAGGAUCCCCUGGACCUGCGUUACCUGCUGGUAAUGAAGGGAGCCCCGGAACGUAUCCUGGAGAGAUGCACCACAAUCCUGAUCAAAGGGCAGGAGAUCGCCCUGGAUGAGCAGUGGCAGGAGGCCUUCCAGACAGCAUACAUGGACUUGGGGGGACUGGGAGAGAGAGUGCUGGGAUUCUGCCACCUCUACCUGAAUGAGAAGGAGUAUCCCCGGGGAUUUAACUUUGACACGGAAGAAAUGAACUUCCCCACCAGCGGCUUGUGCUUCGCUGGGUUGAUCUCCAUGAUUGACCCUCCCCGUGCCACUGUCCCUGACGCCGUAAUGAAGUGCAGAACUGCCGGGAUCCGAGUCAUCAUGGUCACCGGAGAUCAUCCAAUCACAGCCAAGGCCAUUGCAGCCAGCGUGGGCAUCAUCUCCGAGGGCAGCGAGACAGUGGAGGAUAUUGCCGCACGCCUGCGUAUUCCAGUCGAGCAAGUGAACAAGCGGGAUGCUCGUGCCUGUGUCAUUAAUGGCGGACAGCUGAAGGACAUGACCAGCGAGGAACUGGUAGACUGUCUGAAGUUGCACCCGGAGAUGGUCUUUGCUCGUACCUCCCCCCAACAGAAGCUGAUCAUUGUGGAGAGCUGUCAGAAACUGGGAGCCAUAGUAGCGGUAACAGGGGACGGUGUCAACGACUCCCCCGCUCUGAAGAAGGCCGAUAUCGGAGUUGCCAUGGGAAUUGCGGGAUCGGAUGCCGCAAAGAACGCGGCUGACAUGAUCCUGCUGGAUGAUAACUUUGCGUCUAUCGUCACGGGAGUCGAACAGGGUCGACUUAUUUUUGACAACCUGAAGAAAUCCAUCGCUUAUACAUUGACCAAGAACAUCCCAGAACUGGCCCCAUAUCUCAUCUACAUUACGGCCAGCGUCCCCCUACCCCUGGGCUGUAUCACCAUUCUCUUCAUUGAGCUGUGUACUGAUAUUUUCCCCUCUGUGUCUCUGGCGUACGAGAAAGCCGAGAGUGACAUCAUGCAUCUUAAACCAAGGAACCCCCGUCGGGACCGUCUGGUUAAUGAGUCCUUGGCUGUGUACUCCUACUUCCAGAUUGGUGUCAUUCAGUCCUUUGCUGGCUUCGUGGACUAUUUCACAGUAAUGGCCCAGGAGGGCUGGUUCCCCGCGUACUGUCUGGGGCUCCGGGCGAACUGGGAGAACCAGCACUUGCAGGAUUUGCAGGACAGCUACGGACAGGAAUGGACCUUCGGUCAGCGACUCUACCAACAGUACAACUGCUACACCGUCUUCUUCAUCAGUAUCGAGAUCUGCCAGAUUUCCGACGUUCUCAUUAGGAAGACCCGACGUCUCUCCGUCUUCCAACAGGGCUUCUUCAGGAAUAAAAUUUUGGUGAUUGCGAUCGUCUUCCAGCUGUGUCUUGGUAACUUCCUCUGCUACUGCCCGGGAAUGCCGAAUAUCUUCAACUUUAUGCCAAUUCGGUUCCAGUGGUGGCUGGUCCCUGUUCCGUUUGGUAUCCUCAUCUUCGUCUAUGAUGAAAUCCGUAAACUUGGAGUCCGCAGGCACCCCGGGAGCUGGUGGGACAAGGAGCUGUAUUAUUAGAUGUUCCCAGACCUUACCGUACACCUCCGCAGCUGAAGACACAGGAAGCCUACUCUGGAUUUUCUCCAUUGAUUUUAUUUCUGGCACAAGAAAACAAUCAGUGAAUCUCCUGUAUAUAUUUAUAUAAAGAAAUCUGGACAGUUGAUUUCAGUAACGGAGCUUCCUGCGGGCUGUGCUUGUCAGGCUCUGCAAUGCCAAAGGCCAGCAGAGCAAGGGGUGGGCACUCUCUCAGCAUGCAUGGUAACCCCCGGCUGAAGCCCCCCCGGGACAAGGGUAGAAGUGGUUUAUAUAUCUUGUGUGGCAUUAUAGCCCUGUAUAAUGGAUGUUACUUAUUCAAAUAUAUUAUUCCAAGGAUAAUAACUGCUGCGUGCUGUCUGUUAUAUGAA